AUGGCGAUGAAAAGUGAGAAACAGAAGAAGGCCAUGGGAGACUUUGAAAGGAUGCCGAUGGAGCGGGGCUUUGGCGGGAGAGAGAUCGCGACUCCGAGUUUGCGACCGUUGCAAAUAUCGUUUCUAAUGAGGAAUCUGCUAUUUUCAUGGCUUCUUUUGAUGCUCCAUUACUCGAUUUUCCUUAGCAUCGGAAAUUACGUGGUCCGUGGACGAUGUCCUGAGGAUCAGCAAUCUCUGUUGCUCGAAUUGAAGAAUAAUCUCGCAUAUGAUUCUUCCUUGUCCAAGAAACUCGUGCUGUGGAAUGUAAGUGUCGAUUACUGUAAUUGGAAUGGUGUAAGCUGCGACGACGGCUGUGUUGUCGGUCUUGAUUUGAGCAAUGAGUUCAUCUCCGGUGCGAUUGAUAAUUCAAGCAGUCUUUUCCAUCUUCGGUUCUUACAGAAUCUGAACUUGGCUUGGAACAGGUUCGAUUCUACGAUUCCGUCCCGAUUUGAAAGACUUUCCAAUUUGAGUGUUCUCAAUAUGUCUAAUUCAGGAUUUGGGGGCCAGAUUCCUAUUGACAUUUCAAGCUUAACAAGGUUGGUUACUCUCGAUCUUUCUAGCUCAUCCUUCUUUCAAUCUUCGACAAUGAAACUUGAGAAUCCAAAUUUGAUGACUCUUGUUCAGAAAUUGAGAAAUUUGAGAGUGCUAUUUCUAGAUGGUGUUGAUUUAUCAGCAGGAGGAAGUGAAUGGAGCAAGGCGAAGACCCCGACGUGUUCUCGACAAUGCCUCAACGGCUCUUUAAGGCUUGUUCGGCUCCACCACCGAAACGGUCUCGGCUUGGGCAUAUGGAUGACCCGAGAUGUGCAUACUUGGGCUAAUCCUCUGCAGGAUCUAUGA